UCGCCCGCAUACAUGGAGACAACCGCACUAAUCAAUUAGAGCGCGUUUCGGAACGCAUAUUCUAAUUUUAAAUUUUUGAAAUAACGUCGCGGGAAGUUUCGUUUUCGCUGUUAUUAUUUUAAACACUUGCUCUCAUUAUUUACUAGGUCAAUAAUAAUUAUAUUCGGUUAUGGAGGAAUUUGUUUUUGUUGCGUUAUUAUUUUGUGUUCUUUUAACAGAGAGCAACUCAUGCUUUACAAGUAAUCAUGCCCACUUUACCCGAAUGAGAAUUGGAAGUCGGUUCUACCAGGAAUGUAGAUGUGAUGAGCCUGGCAGCGAGGGAGUCAAUUUAAAAUGGUUGGAUUCUCACGACAGAGAAAUUCAACCACUAAGACCAGGUAUAGAAUCGAACGUGUAUUCGGAAUGGGUGAAUGAAGACACAUGCAGGCUAUUUAUUUCAAGCCUCAGCAGAUCAAUAUCUGGUGCUUACAAGUGCGUGACUAACCACAAUGGUCAAACAUACGCGCUUACAUAUAAUGUCGAAGCAUAUGAUCGUCCUUACUUUAUAAAUACUAAUGAGACUCAAUACGUUGUAAGUGGUAAGAACGUGACCAUAUUUUGUGAAGCUAGAAGUGAGACAGACCCAUUGAUAAUUUGGUACAAACAAGACGGUUUAACUAAGAUAAAGGAUGACGAUAAAUAUGAAACUACAUCAGAAGGAUUAAUAAUAAAAGGAGUUACUAACGACGAUAAAGGACUAUAUAGAUGUGCAGCAUCAGAUCUCAAAACAGGCGAAGAAAUCAUUAGAGAUAUACAAGUGCAGGUUAUUUCAGUACCGGAGAUAUCAGAGAUUGUAGCUUCUCCAGAUAGUAAUGUAGUAGCUGGAGGUAUAUUAGAAAUCGUAUGUAUGGCCACUGGUAAUCCUCACCCAGAAUACGAAUGGAGAAAAAUUCCAAAAUACCCAUUGACAAUCCAAAAUCAUACAUUCCCGUCAAUGUUUGGUAAUGUGAAAAAAGAAGGUAAUAGAAUAACAAUAUACGAUGUAACUGAAAACGAUGCCGGAGCUUACGAAUGUACCGCUUCUAAUGUAGCUGGAUCUUCUUCUGGGAGUAUUAACAUCGAGGUAUAUUUUAUGCCCAACAUUACAUACGCUGAGAGUGUAGUUGCAAUAGAAGGUUCAACAGGUCAAAUAAUUUGCAAAGCACAAGGUCUACCAAUUCCACAGAUGAGUUUAAGCUAUAUAGGGGAGGAAAUCAAUGAUCAAAGCGUAGUGUGGAUUGCGAGGAACAUAAGUGAAAUCGAAGUAGAGUUCUAUUUGAAUUUCCUUAAAGUAGAUAGAAGCCAUGAUGGAGUUUAUAUUUGUAAUGCAACCAAUUUCUUGUAUACAGAUCAACGAGAGAUUAACUUGACGGUACUGUAUGCGCCUCACUUUGAAAGAUCAUUCGAGCAUGCUUGGGGAUGGGGAGGACGUAGCACAAAUCUGAGUUGCGAAAACCAGAGUAAUCCACCAGCUAAUAUCACAUGGAAUUAUCAAGGAAAUGGUUUAUCAGAGGAGGAACAAACUGAAAUCAAUAACAUAAUGGCAGAUAAGUUGCACAGUAAUCCAUUAAUAAUUGAAAACAUAUCGCUAUACGGAACUUAUCAAUGCUUUGCUAAGAACGAAUUUGGUGAGGACAAAAAAGUAAUUGCUUUAAUGCAAGGUUUUACACCAGCAGCUAUAAAUAAUGUAACAAUCACAAACUACACAUCAACAUCCGUCACAUUUUCUAUCGAUGGACCACAAUACGUCAAUGGACCUCCAAUAAAAGCUUAUAAGGCGGAAUACGAUGAAUCUGAUAACUACAAUAUAACUGACAUACACACUAAUAGAACUUGGUCUAUUGACAGACCGUUCAGAAUAGAUAAACUGAAACCCAGUACAGUUUAUUAUGUCAGGUUUGCAGCAAUUAAUGAUGUUGGUGAUAGUCCUUGGAGCGAUGUCUAUGAUUUCCUCACGCUUGAAAACACGAAUUUCAGGUCGGUGCCACUAGAACCUGUUUGGGAGACAGAUGUAGAAGAAGUAGCUGCUAUGGAACGUAAAUUGAAGUGGAAAAAAGAGGAACUUGUCGAUUCUUACAACAUUCGCCUUUGUCCAAUGAACAACGGUGUUAUUGAGGAGGAGGUAUGUAAAGAUAAGACGAUCGAACCAGCUGCAGAAUUUCAGUUAGAUGAAUUAGAUUCUAACACAACUUACUAUCUUGAAUUAGUUGCCCACAAUUCGAACGGAUCAUCGACUCCUGCGCAUAUAACGUUUACAGUACCAGCUGAAGAAGAAAAUCUCUUAUCUGCUGGUGCUUUAAUCGGAAUAUCCAUAGUAAUAGUAUUCCUUUGCCUGGUAUUAUUAGAUGUACUUUUAUUACUGUGGCGAAGACAAGGCAUCAUUGCUCAUUGCUGUCAAAAGAAGAAGAAGAACCAAAGAGAAGUGAGUUUAAAUUCAAGAGACCGGAAAGGCCUUCUUAAGGAAAUUCCGGAACCCAACGAUGUACAAAAGCGAGCGAGCAAUGGACACAGGGAAUACGAAUACAAUAAGACGACCGGCGUUAUAACCGGAAAACAUUCCGCUGUAUAGUAAUAUGAGUUUAUAAAUAAAACAUUAAGCUGAUCGUACAUCUAUCAACGCGCGUCUCAUUUCGUUUAGGUUAUGGCUACGGGACGCGCGACGCGACCGGCGAAGCGUCUAGGGAAGACUGAAACAAAUAUACCUACUAUGACACGAGGCAGCAGCGAUAUGGCUGUGGGUACUAUAUGCCUAUAUAAUAUAUAUAUUAUACCAUCCAUUUAUUCACUUCGCUUGAAAUUCACACGACGCGAUUUGUCCCGUGGCCAGCACAUGACGCAAAUAUUCUUGAGCUCAAGUUAAUUUUAAUUAUUAUACGCUUAAAAUUCAUUUCAAUGUAAUUUAUUUUAUUUUAUCAACAGUUGCUUAAAGUAAUGCAGAUUUUAACAUGCUAAUUUUUAUAAUUCUAAAACGAUAUUUAUGUGACAAUAACGUGGAGUUGAA